UGUAGAGAUCCGUAAUACGACCCCUAUAUCUGCUGUUCUCAAUUUUGCCACAAUUGAUCAUGCCGAAAAGGCAUUCGCUAUCUACAAUAACAGCAAGUUGGAAACUUAUCAUAAUAAGACUUAUUUAAAAUUAUUAAUUAAUGAUCCUGCUAACGCUUCACACGUGAAUGAGCCGUCAUCUAAUGCGUACAUUUUGCAGGUUAAGCAGCUGGAUAUAAAAUCAACAACCAACUUCACAUUAUAUGACGAAUUUAGAAAGUUUGGUCCUUUGUUCUCUUGCAGGUUGCAAUAUCAAGAUAAUAAGUUUAGAGGAUAUGCACUUGUUCAAUUUUUCAAACAAAGUGACGCCGAGAAAGCCGCAGAGACUAUGCACUAUACAAUGUUAGGGGGCAGAAAUAUCCAAGUUCAAUUUCAUACCAAGAGCAAUAACAACAAUAAUAAUGUGCCUAAAAUUCGCACAAAUGUUACUAAUCACGCAGCUCCAGCGUCACCUAGUCCUGAAGCUCCGCUCGUAGAUCCAUGUAAUUUAUUUAUUAAAAAUCUUGAUGCCAAUAUUUCCAGUAGCGAUUUAUUCAAUCAUUUUAGAAAAUUUGGUCGUAUUAUCAGCGCACGUGUCAUGAGAGACCAGGAGACUGGAAACUCAAAAGGCUUUGGUUUUGUUAGUUAUACUACUGCUGAAGAAGCUGAUAAAGCGAAGAGUUCCAUGCACGGCAAGACCCUUGGAACCAAGCAGAUUGUUGUUAGGCUACAUGAACCAAAGAAGUUGCGUGAGGCAAAAUUGGCUAAUCAUUUCAAUGGCAGUCCUGCUUCUCCAUCUGAGAGUCGCGCACCUUCCAGACGUAAUUCAGACUUUUACAAUAUUAAUACUAUUAACGAAUUUGGUCAGGAAGAUCUUAGCGGGUUGGCUCCAAAGGCCCGCAGAGAGGUUUUAAUGUCUGAAUUACAAAAAAGAUUCAAAUCCAUCCCCAGUGUUCCAUCCGAAGAAGUUAAUCCGAUUAUUGAUCAUUUGUUAAAUUUGAAGGUUACCGAUGUUCUUCUAAUCCUUAAAGAUGCUCCGCUGUUGCAACAAAAGGUUAAAUCAUUAUUGUAG